AUAACAACAGUAAUUUUGAAUCAAAAUAAGUCGAGUUCUUAUAUUUCGUAUUGUGCUUUCGUUGAAUUUUUCAUGGUUUUGAGGCAGGUUCAAAUGGCAGAUUCAGAUAUUCAGGUUUGAACUAUAAAAUAGUGCAGCGAGAACAAAGCUGUGGAUCACUGCUUGCCAGCGCUCAAAUCUCCGACACGUUUCGGCCACGACGUUGAAACAGAUCGGCUGUAGAAUCUGCCAAUCCCUUGCAGAACUCGAUUUGUGGAAACGUUCCAGCCCCGGAGUGCAGAAUGCGGGCGGUGGUGCUGGUCGUGGGUAGCCUCCUCCUAUCCUUGGGCCUUGCUGAGGCCCUGACGGUUCCAACUUUGGACCAUCAAGUCCCCGAAAAAGACGACACAUCUGCCGUGUCCCUGCUUCCAGUUGGCUCCUCCGUUCCACACUUGGACCAUCAAGUCCCCGAGAAAGACGACACAUCUGCCGUGUCCCUGCUUCCAGUUGGCUCCUCCGUCUCCUUCACUAAGUCGGUUUCAUCGUCCGUCUCGACCAAGACGUCUCCAGCGGUCUCGCCUAUUGGAGGGCUCAAUGGAGAAGGGGAACUGGACCAGAGUGAGUCUCAGGACUUCAAAGUUUACGCAUCACCGACGUUGAAAAACAAGCGAAGAACUCCAGCCGAAUUAUCCGCUUCCGCCAGAUUACGACGCAAACUUUUUCCGACGACUGUCCGCAACCUCGUGACACCCGAAACACUUCACCGCCAGAGCGGGGAGACUGAAGAGACAAAGUACAUUGAAGCAAAAACAAGACAGCAGACAUCAAAACCAUUCAAAAAAUUGACAUCCCAAAAACUUUCGAGCUCCGAAACCCCCACUUCAUACGUAAACUUUGUGGGACCGGCUCUUCUCCCUGAUGAAUUCGCGAGCAUCCGCGACUUGAGUUUCGAUAAAUCGAAAAACCUCUCACCUGAAGAAAUGGACGAGCUUCCAUUUACGACGACUCUUCCAACCUAUUCGAAUGAACUUUUUAUCGAAGACGAACAUGUAACCUCUUCGGUUCCCAGUGAGAGUGAAACCGGAUUACUAGGGACAUCUGUGCCAGAUUUAUCAACGAAAAAAUCCCCAACAACCUUUUCGGACCUCUUCAAAGAACGUUAUCCUGAUACCAAACCAGAAGCCACAGUUGAAAAAAUUAAUCCUACUUUCCGUUCCUUCAUUAGUCCUGAACUUGGCGACGAAGAACUCGCGCUCUACGGUAAGAACCUUUCUAUUCAGCGAGGAGUUCUAGAGAAGGAAGUUCUGGACAUCGCUGAAGAUGGUAGUGAGAGCGCCACUCUGCUGCUGGUGGCACCUCCCGGCCAGCAGGAAACCAAUGCAGUUCUCCCUGAAAAAUUCGUUUAUAAAAGAAGAGACAUCGAAGAAAUGCCCCGGAAACGAAUGAAGAUGGUGAAGCAGCGCAACUCGGAGUGGGUGGCGGAGGAAGAAGCUGGCGUCAUGUUGCCAGCUGCCGACGGCUCUGGUGCCGCCUUCGUGCCAGAGAUGCUCAUCGCCGAUACAGAGUUUCUGCUCGCCAUCACUGCUCAAACUAAAUUGCGGAGCGAACCUGUGCCUAGUGAUGGGAACCUGACGCUCUUGGCAGCGUCGAGCGACACUAGCGCUGCUCUCAACAGACCUGGUCGCGACACCAAACUGAUGGGCGGGAUGCCCUACAGUUUCGGUUACAUCGUGGACGACGAAUAUACGGACAACUACCAGACACGCUACGAGGAGAGUGACAUCAACGGCGUCGUCAACGGUUGUUAUCAGGUGCUGGAGGGGACAGGGCUGGUGCGCACGGUGACAUACCGUGCAGACCAUUCAGGGUUCACGGUACUCAGCUCCACCCACGACACCGACAAGUCACCGUGUCCUGGUCUGGACACGGCGGGUGAGGUCUCAGCGCUGUCAGCGAGCGUGUCGGGCCACGGUGGUAAGGCAUCCGCGUCGUCGUCUGCUGCCCAAAAUGCAAAUUUUUUCUCGCAAAACAUCGGAGUCUCAAAAGCAACGAAUAAAAAAACUGUUGGACACUCUCAAUCCCAAUCUAAAUUUUCAUCACAGAAUAGUAAAUUAAAUUCGCACAAACUUUCUAAUUCAGAAAACAGUUUUGCAUCAGGGAAAUCUGGUUCACUCAACAACUUUCAGGGCGCACAGUCGAGUGCACUGAAUAAUUUUGGACACAGUCAUUCAAGUAACUUGAAUCAAUUUAGCCAAAGUCAAUUAGGUUCGUCGAGUCAGUUUGGUUCCUCAAGCCAGUUUGGUUCCUCGAGUCAGUUUGGAUCCUCGAACAAGUUUGAUUCGUCGAACCAGCUGGGUUUCAAAUCACAAUCUAAUCUGAAGAGUGGAAACCAGUUUGAAAACAACAAGGCCUAUUCAACCGCAGCCGCAUCAACUGUCGACUCUCAGCAGAAGAGUCAUAAUCACAAAUCUGUGCAACAACAAUCCGUGAACAAACAAUUUACUAAAAGUCAUAGUGGAAUAAAAUCUACUCAACAAAAUCAGCAUUCACAACAGCAACAUAGCCUUUCCAAUCAACAGCAGAACUUUAAGCAACAAAGCCAGUACAACCAACACAAGCAACAAGGUCAGUUCAACCAACAACAACAUAAGCAACAAAGCCAAUUCAACCAACAACAACACAAGCAACAAAGCCAAAUCAACCAACAACAACACACACAACAAAUUAAUCUACACCAACACAAACAGCAAUCACAAUAUCAACAAGAACAUGGAACCCAAUCUCAAAAGCAGAUUUCAAAACAGCAAGUGACUGACGGACAUUCGAACUCCAAUGUCUUGAAACACGAACAAAGUGGCUUGGGUACAUCUUUCUCUUCAUCCCAUGCACAAGAUGUCGGUUAUUCUUCAGAAUCCUCCAACCAACAGUCAUUCUCUGACCAACAGUCCAUGUCUAAAUAUAUACAGAGUUUAACUGAUGACCUUUACAGCGCGUUCUCUGGUUCCGACGUGGCGUCCACUGCCUCAGCCAGUAACCUCAUCAACUUUCCCUAUGUGUUGAUACCCGUAACGACUUUCGUUGACUUGAGAGAAAAAGGCCACAUUGAUGGAGAUGUUCAGAGUUUCGGAGCAUUCGUCCAGCCAGUCAAAGACCGUCAAAGCUUUGAAAAUUACAGACAACAACACACGACUGGGAACUCGUAUUCUAACUCUCAGCAAGCAUCAAAAUCCGAGGCCAACAACUACAAUUCUAAGUCAACUCAUUCUUCUUCCAAGGGAUCAAUAUUGUCACAGCUUCCAGGAAUUCAUCUAAACUCGCAUUCUGCAACAAGAAAUUCAUUCACCCCUUCACACCGAUCAGGGGCUCCUCAUAACAAUAGAGUUAUUGCAACGCCAGGACGCAUUAAUAAUAAAAAGAAUCCCACCGACCUGUCCUUGCGUCAAAUUCCUCUUAGCGAACUCAGUGCAUUUGUACGAACAUCUGGAAACUUGGAUUACCUAAACAAUUUGGAGAAGCCAAGCGCCCACAGUCAAAAUGACGGCCUGACGUCUGCUCGCUUCAACUCUGAACAAGACUUUACGCCAGCGACGAAAUUACGCUUUACGCAAACAUAUACUCAUGUACCGAAAGCUCCUUCGUCCCCCUUUUCAACGACUUCAACUGGAUCUUCUUACAUACCCUUCCCACCCUUCUCUAACAUCUCACCUGAACCCGCUUCCAGUGCAAGCACUUCACAACACUUUCCUCCCUCCACUUCUUUCUCAUCUGAAACUAUUACGAGUGCGACCACUUCCCAACACUUCCCUCCUUCCCCUUCUUUCUCAUCUGAACCUACUUCCAGUGUAAGCACUUCACAGCACUUCCCUACCAUCUCUUCUUUCUCGUCUGAACCCGUUUUAAGUGCAAGCAGCUCUCGACUGGAAUUCACCCUUCCAAAAGAUAUCUCUCACGCAAACCUCUUCACUGAGACCGCCUUCAGACAAAGGCCCAAAACCAGAUCAAUCAAUGAAGGCUUUGGAACCCUGAUUCCUGGAGGAGCUAACACUGCUCCCUUCAGCCACGCACAGCAUGGAGGGCCACACACUCACUUCAGCCACGCACAGCAUGGAGGGCCACACACUCCUCCCUUCAGUCACGGACAGCAUAACAGCAACAGGAUUCCUGAUGUCAUAACAUCGAACAAAAACGAAGGAUUUGGCAAGUUCCACACGCGAGAGACGUCCAAAAAAGUCAAUCCAGUCGAUGGAACCACAUUUAAUUCACACUUCUACAGUCAAGCUAAAUAG